AUGAAAAAUAAUAAUAAAAAUAAUAAUAAUAAUAAUUUAGAAAAUGAAAAUGAUAUUGAUGAUAGUGAAUUAGAAAAAAAGAGUUUAAAAUCAAUUAAAGAGAUUGCUCAAUCAUAUAGUAUAUCAACAACCAAUUUAAAAAAAGCAGAAAUAAUUGAAAAGAUUAAAUCAAUAGUUAAAAGAAAAAGAGAAUAUGAAGAAGAACAAGAACAAAAAGAAAAUGUUAAUUCAUUUAAUAAAAUUAUUAAAUUAACAAUUACAGAUAAUAUUGAACCCACUGAAAUAUUAUUUUGGAAAUUAUUUAGAAAUAAAGCAAUUUAUAAAAAGAUAUUCUCAUUUAUGGAUAACCAAUUCACAAUAAGUUAUGACUCAAUAGAUGAUAUAUGUAAAUUAGUAAAUUCAAAUCAAGUCAAUUUAAUAAGAGAAAAAGUUUAUAGAAAUUGUAGAUAUUUACACUUCCAUCCAAAUCAGUAUCAUAACCAUAUUGCGGAUAUUCAUUUUUUAGUGAAAUUAUUUUCAACAAUUAAAGAAGACGAUUAUAGAUUCUAUAGAAACUUUUUUAAUGAAGAGAAUGAUUAUUUUAGUUCACCAAAUCAUAUAACACAAGCAUCAAUUAUUUCAAAGAGAUUACAAGUUUUUAAAUUAUUUGUAAAUGAAUUCAAUUAUGAACCAACAAAAAAAGAUCUUCUAUAUUCAAUUAUUUCAGGUUCAAACAAAUUCAUUAAAUAUAUAUUAGAAUUAAAUUCACCAAAUUCAGUUUUAUUUGAUAGAAAAAUAGUUGAUACUGAUUUUAAAGAUUUCUAUGCUAAAGGAUUUGGAAGUAAUUAUCCUACUAAAGAAGAUAGUUUUUUCAAAGGGUUUUUAUGUUUUUUAAAUAACAUUAACCUUGAUGAAAAUGAUAGAGAUCAAUAUUAUAAGUUAUUAAUUGGUCAAUCCAUUCAUAACCCAUAUUCAGGUUAUGGUUUUCAAAUUAAUGAAAAGUCAACAUUAAAAUCAUUAAUCACCACUGCUAGAUUAAUUUUAAAAUUAAAAACACCAUCCGCAUCAUACAAAGUACAAUUUAAAGAAGAAUGUUUCCCAAAAGUAUUAAAAAAAAUCGAAGCAGUCGCAACAAUUGAAGAGAUUGAUAAUUUCAUAAAGAAAAUUGAUAAAGUGAACUUAAAAUCAUUUUUAGAUGAUCCUAUCAAUUUUAAUAAUAGUGAUGAUAAUAAUGAAAUUAAAAAUUUUAUAAAGAAAUUAUUAAAAUUAUAUUAUUUAAAUUUUAGUAUUGAACUAUCAAAUACUUUAUACUUUUGUUAUUAUCAUGAAGAUUCCAAUGAUGAUUAUAAAGUUUUUCAUUUUCAUCAUUUAAUUGAAACUGCAUUUAGAUUUGGAAAUUAUGAAAUUUUAGAAUCAUAUGAAACAAUCAAUUGCCUACAUUUUUUACCAGGAAUUGGUCAAGAUCAUAGUAAUCAAAAUCACGAUAGUCAUCGUUAUAAAGUUUUAUUUUCACAUUGUUUUAAUAAAGGGAAAAAGAUUAAAUUCAUUGAUCACAUAAUUCAAAGAACCAUUCAACAACCAGAACCUGGAUUUCAAAUUUAUUUCUUGUAUAUGCUUGUAAUUCAUAAUAAUAUAGAGUUGGUAAAAUAUUAUUCAAAUAAAGUUGGUAAAAAUAUACAAGUAGAAUCUAUUGGAAGAUUAACUCCACCAACCUAUUAUAUCGAAUCAAUAGAGAUGUUAGAAUAUUUAUUUUACAAUCAAUGUAAUUACUUUAGAGAUGUGUUUUUUGAUGGCAAAAAAAGUACAUUUUAUAAAAAUUUAGAAUUAUUAAAACAUUUUGAAUCAUUAUUAAAUAAAUCAAAAUUAGGAUGUGGUAGUGGUAAUUGUAGUGGUAUGCAUUCUUAUAAUGGUCUUGUUAGCUUUAUAAAAGGUAUGGGCUUUGGAAGUGGUAUAUAUGGCUCUUUUGAGUAUAAAUCAAAUAAGAAUUAUGUAGAUUUUGCAAAACACUUUGCUUCAAAUCCACAAAUUUACAAGGGUUAUACAUUUGAUUACGAGCAUUUGUUUUUAUUAUUUACUACUCCUGUAUCAUCAUCAUCAUCAUUUUCAUCUAAAAUUUCAAUUAACUUUGAAACUUUAAGAAAUUUAUUAAUUAACGCAUAUUCUUUUGGAAGAAGCCCAAUCUUUGAAAGAUCAAAACCAACACACACACAACACCAUUAUUCAAGGGAAUAUUUAAAAUUUUUUGAUUGGAUGUGUAUAAAUUAUAGUCAUGAAAUUGGAGAUCGAAGUUGUAGAUUCUUGUAUACAAAUGAAGAAAGAUAUAAAUACCAUUUACUUAUUGCAGUUGAUAGAAUAGAUCUUGACAAAGAUAAUUAUUAUAAUGGAGGUAAUGAUCAAGAGGAAGGAAAUAUUAGUGUUUAUAUUGAAAGAUUGAAUUCCUUAACAUAUGAUGUCAUAUAUUUCACCCCAUAUUUAUAUGAAAUUAAUAAUUUUAAAUUUUUAAAUUGGUUUUUAACAAUCAUUGAAAAGUAUCACAAUUCCAAAUCAACAUCAUCUCAUGAUAAAUCUAUUAUGGAGUCAAUGGUUUUCACAUUUAUGGAAUAUAUUACAUUACAUUCAAAAUUACAAAUACUUGAAUACAUUCAUCAUAAUUUUCAUUUCAUUUUAAAGAAACAAUCAGAUGGUGGAAUAUUAAAUAUUGGAGAAUUAAAAUCUUUUAUAUUUUCAUCACUUAAAAGAGAUUCAAUUAAAAUUUCUAAAUUCCUUUUUCAAUUUAUUACCAUCACUAAAAAUGAAUUUGGUAAAUAUUCAAAUGAAAAAACAAAAUCAUAUUUUAAAAAUAUGUUUAAAUAA